UCAAACACUUUGUUCAUUCUAAACGAAACCUCGCCACGCGACGCUUUCUCGAAACAACACGAGUGGUAGAAGGAAGAGCAAAAAUCUUACCCCCACCGAGUGAUUCACCACCCUUCGCUCGAUCAUUGAGCGUUUCGAAAAGCGACCCCGAGACUGCAUUGAAUUGGUCCUUGCGUUAAAUCUUUCUUCUCUUGGAAAUCAUUUUUCAGUGCUCCUCAGUUUAACGGUGGCCACAAUUCAUCCUAUCGAAGAGAUGGAGCAUAAAUUUGCUGAAGAGCUCUAUUCUGAGAGUUUGCGACUCUCACAGCUAGAAUUAAGUCCUAGUUCCGCUGCCCAUAAUGACCACCAAUUUCUUGGUAAUGAUGACUCUGAGUUGGUGGACAAAGAUGCAUUGGCAUGGGAUGAUUCAGAUGAGGUAUUCGGUGAAUCAUCUGACUUGGCCAGAGAGUGGCAAAGGAGGCAUGAUCAAUUUUACACAAUCGGUUAUCGUGAUGGACUAAUAGCCGGAAAAGAGGCUUCUGCACAAGAGGGAUUCAAUAUUGGUUUUAAGCAAUCAGUGCCCAUCGGAUACAACUGGGGUCUUGUUAAAGGUGCCACCAGUGCAUUCGCUUGCCUUCCUGAUGUGUUGAAAGAGAGGCUAGUGGAAGAUCAAGGACACAGAGACAAGUUCCAAGACUUGUAUAAGUCUGCUAAUUCUCUCUCUACACCAGAUGCUCUCAAAUUAUUUAGUGAUGAAAUCAUGUCUGACAAAACAACACAAGAAAGCCAAGUGGCAGAAGCUAGUGGCCUUACUGUGGGUUCAAAGGUGCAAAGUUCGGAAUCCAGUCGUUAUUUUGCAGAAUUGAGAUCAGUCCUUAUUGAGUGUCCUGCAAUUGACGUUCGAUUAGAUAUGUCUCGCUAGCUUGUUGGGGAUAGCUUUCUUGUGAUGUGUUCUUUUUGUACCUUUACAAGGAUUUAUUCUAUAGUCGAUUAUGAUAUAAUGUUUAUAUUACCAGCAUUUACACUGUAAAUUUAAGUUCGUUCUUGACGGCAGACGGUCUCCAUGCCAUGCUGUGAGAAUUUUUGCUGUACAUUCUUUCCAAGACAAACGACUAGUUGGCA